AUGAUGGCUACAAAAAUGCUCAUUUUGCUAUUAUUGUAUGAUUUUUGGAUUCCGUUGGUUCGAUGUGAGGAUAAUAAUGGAGUCGAGUCAUCUGUUGCCUGCCCUAUUGGGAUGAUCGAGGGUAAUUUAUUCUGCUAUGGACUUGCCAAUACCUUGAAAGGAACUGGCAAUACUUGGAUAUAUUGUGAUCCUGAGAACGGUCAAAUUCUUCGAAAACAGCGAAAAAUUGAAGCCGUCGACUUGAGCAAUUUCCCGAAUUCGUCGGUUUUAGUCAAUUUGAACAAAACCGCUGGAAAUGUUGCCUCGAUUUGUAGAGUUCCUAAAUUUGGCAAACAUAAUCAAUGCUCAACUGGAAGCUUCUUCACUGUUGAUGGUCUGAAGGAUUUAGUUGAAAUGCCUGAGAGAAACGACACGCUUUUCAAUACGAAUGAGAAAUUGAAAUUGACUUGUAAGGAGAGCAAAACAAAUUUGGAUUUUGUUUGUGGAAAAGUUGGAUGGUGGCAGCCUUCGCCGGAUUCAAUUAAUUGUGAAGGAUUUUUUUGCGAGAUUUUUGAUGGCGAUUGUCGAAAUGAUGAAGAAUCGUCCAAUUUCUGUUCGAGAAAUGGAAUUUGUGUGAACACAUUGUCGGGUCCAAUUUGCGAGUGCUACGAAGGAUAUGGAUUGGAUCAUUGCGAAUUCAACAGAACCAAAUUCGAAUCGAAUUUUCAUGGCCAAUAUUCGACAACAAACAUUUCCAGCAAUCUCGCAUGGUCCCUUUUGCUCAUUUGGCUCAUUUAUGCCCAAAUAUUCCGCAACGUUGAGCUUUACCUCGGCCUACCACUAGUUGCAUCCGUCGCCGUCACCACUCUUGUCCAUCUGCUCGUAUUCUCUGAAAACCAGCAAGGUCUCACAACGAAAUGGACAUGCAUUGGCCUGGUGACCACUGAAAACUGGCAGCCAGCCACAUUGAUGAUAUUCCUCAAUUUUCUGCUCGUCUUGAUAUUUCAAAUUCAUCUUCGCGGUAUUAUUCGAUUCGAAGGAGACAACGAUGCUUAUAAAUGGAAAAUCGAGGCGUGGUUUCAGCAUUACAGCCCCUGUAUGAUUGAGCUCGUCGAGAAGGUCAAACGACAGCGUUAUUUUGUCGUCGUUCUUCCCAUUCUUUUCUGGCUUCAAUACAUUCUUGGAAUGGCCACGUCGUCUUAUCCGGAAGCCCCAAUAUUCGACAUAUUGUACACAAUAUCGCUGAUUCUUCUCAUUCUGACUUCUUGCCUUCAAAUUGCUAUCCUCGACUCUUCGUCAUGGUCGAAAAUUUGCAAUUUUCUAAUGCUAAAUCUUCCGAAGAAUUACGCGCCAAUAUUCAAUUCGAUUACUCUAUUUUCGAGAGAUGAGUUCCCUCAACUUCCCGGCGUCUUGCUUCCCAAUAUCCCUGACAUUGAAAGAAUCGAAAAUCAUGAAUAUGAAUUCAGCGCUGAAGGAUGUGCGACCGCCCAUGACUUCUUUCCAUCGUACCUUCGAGACGUCGCCCAUUUGGCGAUUCUUCGAAAUUAUUGUUUUCUGCGAUUGAAUCGAAAAGGAGAAAUGUCGAAAAUUGAUUGUGCAAUCCACGUCGCCAUAACGGAAUACACGCAUUUCAAGCAAUCGUGGCUGAAAAAUUCCAAAUCGACGGGACUAUUGCAAUUGGCGAAACUAGUCGCCGACACGAUUCGCGAUAUAUUGAAUGGCGAUUGGAUUUGCUAUAAUUGCGAGGCGUCCGGCGAGCAGCGGAAUUUCGAAAAAUUGCGAAUCGUGAACCCGGCAGUUUACAAUUAUUUGAAGAAAACUCUGUGCGUCUCUUUGAUGAAUUUCCACAACGAAAAUGAUGAAUUCGCUGAUGAGGCUUAUCAAAUCCUUCUACGUCAGUCAAGCUAUCGACAAACGUUGGGUGAUUUUCCGGUGAUUCGCUACGGCAAUUUCAUACAAGACUAUUUUCGAUUCCUUGAAACCGCGCCACCGAUAUACAUUAUUCGAUUUCCGUAUAUUCGAACGAUUCAAAUUUGGAAGGCAAGACAGCUUUUGCAAGAAAACCAGGACAAAAUUGACAAUGAAAAUUGGGAGAAAAUCUAUUCGAAUGAUGCUUGGUUCGAAAAGCUUGGAGAUUAUGAGAAGGAGGCGAUUCGAAGCGAAUUUAAAGUGUACGAAUCGAAGCCCGGAACUCAUCACUGUAAUCCGAGGCAAUUGGGACCACACAAGAUGCUUUCCUCAUUUUGGGAUUGCAGAAAAUUGGGAUUCAUUGGUCCGCUGGAGAGGAAAUAUUUCAAAACGCCCGAAUUCAAUCAUCCAUUGUUCACGAACAAAAAACGACUAGUUGAAGAAGCCGAUUCUUUCGAGUUCAAUCAAUACUAUGAUGUACAGCAUAGCACAUUGAAUGUGAUUUUUGAUCCUGAUGUCGCGUAUGAUUCGAAGGAAAAAUGGAACAGCGGCGAAAUGCAACACGUUGCGAACCCGAACGAGUUUGCCGCCACCGACAUUCCGAAAGGGAUCAUGAAGAAGUUGGAGAAGAAGCGUCAAGGAAAAAACAAGUUCUAUUGA